AUUAACCUUCUUUGGCUUAUGGAGGCAAGUGACGGCAAACGAAACAGGAAGCUGGUUGAUGCAGUAGACGAACGCAAAUCCAGUGGAAGUGGGAGCUAUUUUUUGAAUAGUGUCAGGCCUGUGCAGAUGGACCCUGACAAAUAUCCCGGUUUCUAUGUCUUUCAAGAAUCUGUUUUUGGAAAUAUCAUCUUACCUGCGAUCCCAAGAAAUGAGAUAAACAAAUGAAUACUGCUUUAACUGAACUUUUAUGAUAGAUUUCAUUCCAUUUAUCACGCAGCUUACUUUUUCUUAUACCCGUCCAUAUUUCUUUUGAUUAUUUUGUAACGUUUAGCUGAAAUUACAAGUAAAUGCAUUUUUGUAUAAUAAAAUACUGGUACAUAAUAUUUGCAAACUUUAGUGAACUUUACUCUAAUCAUCCACCUACGUUUUGUUUAGCUCGGAUUAUGGUCAUAUUU